AUGUCUCUUUCCUUAUUACAACCUUCAUUUUUGAUGUCAAAGACCAGAAGCUAUGCGCAAAUUCUCAUUGGAUCUCGGUUGUUCUUAACAGCGAUGGCUAUUCAUUUAAGUCUUCGGGUAGCACCACUAGAUCUUCAACAAGGUGGAAAUUCUCGUAUUCUGUAUGUACAUGUUCCUGCGGCUCGGAUGAGUAUUCUUGUUUAUAUCGCUACGGCUAUCAACACUUUCUUCUUCCUAUUAACAAAACAUCCCCUUUUUCUUCGCUCUUCCGGAACCGGUACAGAAAUGGGUGCUUUUUUUACCUUGUUUACUUUAGUGACUGGGGGGUUUCGGGGAAGACCUAUGUGGGGCACCUUUUGGGUGUGGGAUGCUCGUUUAACCUCUGUAUUCAUCUCGUUCCUUAUUUACCUGGGUGCACUGCGUUUUCAAAAGCUUCCUGUCGAACCGGCUUCUAUUUCAAUCCGUCUUGGACCGAUCGAUAUACCAAUAAUCAAGUUUUCCGUCAACUGGUGGAAUACAUCGCAUCAACCUGGGAGCAUUAGCGGAUCUGGUACAUCAAUACAUGUUCCUAUGCCCAUUCCAAUCUUGUCUAACUUUGCUAACUUCCCCUUAGCAACCCGUAUCUUCUUCGUUUUGGAAACACGUCUUCCUAUUCCAUUUUUUCCCGAAUCUCCUUUCACGGAAGAAAUCUCAGCUUUUUAUGCUAAAAUGACAUCAGCAGGCUCAAAGAAUCCCACGGAGCGGUAAAGCCACCCCUUCCACUCCCCCGUACCUAAUAGUUCAAAUCGUUCUGCUAGGGCACGCGUCCUACUCUCAGUUACCUCCUAAGUCAAGACCCUAUUAGGAAAAAACCACUCUUGGGCGUCUGCGAACCCUCUCGUUCGGCAACCUCAUCUUCGCUAGUUCUUUUUAUCCUCUCCUUUGCUGCCGAUUCCCCUGUGCUGCUUACUAACUAAUUACUAAGCAAGAAUCUCUGACCUUGCUUCCCAGACUGCUUUCUCUUUAGUAGUCUUUCUGUGCCGAUUGAUGAUGAUAAUGGCAGCACAAGAUCUUUUACACAGCCUCAGACUUAUCUCUUUCACCUGGAUGUCCCCUUUCUUUUGUAGAGGCUAUUCCUUCGAGAUCCACUAUUGGGAUCUCAAACAGAAAGAACGAAGAAACUCUCUUUCCUUAUUCACACCGGUCCCUUGAUGAACAAACCGCUGACGCUUCCUCUUUCCCUUCAGCCUUAGCCCCUACUCUGAUUCAUUCUUCUCGGCCGGAUGAGCUACUUUGUGCCUAUCGCUUCUUCGCCCCUCUCCCUCUCUCUCUCCUUCUACAAGAUAAUACAAGACAAGAAUGAGAGAGCUACGUGGGAGAAUGAAGAUCGAAUUCAACUCUAAUUCCGCUGACUCGUAAACACACUCAAUUACGCCUAGCCUUCUCGUUCGUGAUCCGACCGCUCCGAAGGAGUCAUUCAAUUCCACACUCAAAUAACUCGACUCAAAAUGUAAGGAGAGGAGCAAAGAAUUUGCGAACUCCUUAUCAAAGAAUGAUCGAAAUCCAUAUUCAAAAAUUAGUGAAUUUGAGGUUCAUCUCACGCAAAUUCUUUGCGCCUGAUAAUUGAAAGAUUUCCCUAGAAACUGAGGGCUCGAAAUUCAAGACCUUCGGACGUCUCUCAAAUUCUUUGACCGCGGAGAAGGAGUCAUUCAAUUCCACACUCAAAUAGCUCGACUGAAAGGUGCGAAGCAGCUCGACUAAGAAGGAGUCAAUGAACAAGGGUUGCGAGGAGUUGCAAAAUUCUUUGCUCCUUUUUAGGAGCGCAAGUACAGAAAGCGGAGGAGUUUCCAUAUUCGAUUUGAUCCACUAAGUCAAAGAUGGAACUAGAAGACGAGACUGAAUCAAUGAACAAAGAGGGGGAGAAGAGAGAAGCGACUAUUCAUGAUCGAUGUUAUUGGCUCUUCCGAAGAGGAAGGGUUCGAAGAGAUUAUGGCAGAUCAUGUUCACCAAGAAAUGACCCGAAAUUGGAUCUUGGUCUAUUCUAUUUGAGAUUCUUCCUUUUCAUCUCCAUCAAAAUGUAAUGUAAUGAGAGUGUGGAUUCUCAAUUGUAACCUCCCAUUUCUCGAGAUCCCAUAGCAUGCAGCAACUAGUUGUAAGAAAGAGGGGGGAGUCUCAAGAGAGAUUUCAAGUGUGCAGUGAGGAGUAAUAGGUAGCCAUACCAUACUUCACUCGGCCCAAGCAAUGCCCAUCCCAUGCCUUUCUUGGUUGGACCAACCCAACCGGCGAUUUCCGUCUUCCUUCAUUGGGAGAGCAAGAACAAGUCUCUCUUUUUUUGGGGGGGGAGCAGAGCAGUCAAAGAAGAAAGCAAAGAAAAUGAUUGUUCUCAAAUGGCUAUUCCUCACAAUUGCUCCUUGUGAUGCAGCGGAACCAUGGCAAUUAGGAUCUCAAGACGCAGCAACACCUAUGAUGCAAGGAAUAAUAGACUUACAUCACGAUAUCUUUUUCUUCCUCAUUCUGAUUUUUGUUUUCGUAUCACGGAUCUUGGUUCGCGCUUUAUGGCAUUUCCACUAUUCAAAAAAGAAAA